CAGGGCGCGGGCGGGGACGCUGCAGCGAGCCGGGCUCUGGAGGGGGCGCUGCGCACUCGCUCGGCCCUUUGUCAGCGCUCACUGCUGGGAGCUCACACAUCUUCCAGCCUCCCGCGGGCUCUGGACUUGACUCUGACUGCAGCGCCGGCCGCGGGGACGCGGAUCUAGGGCCUUUGUCCGGAGCUGCGGGAUGCGCGGGAAGCGCCACGCAGCCGAGUAGCAGUGAGCCAAGGAAGCGGAUCCCGGAGCCGAGGAGCGCCGCCCAGCCGUGCUGGGGGCAUCAGGGGAUGGAUGCGAGCCCGCCGCAUGCGAGCUCCUACCUGCCUGUGUGAAGUGUGGCUGUGCCAGCCCUCCUAGUUGUGAAGAUCUGGCACUGAAGACAGAGACUGGACAGGCCUGGUUCAGCCCACUGGGUUCUAGGAGUGGACUGAAGCCUUCACAGGAACAUGAGUGAGGACACAGUCCCCGAGGCGGCCUCACCGCCACCCUCUCAGGGGCAGCACUACUUUGACCGGUUCUCUGAAGACGACCCUGAGUACCUGCGUCUUCGCAACCGUGCAGCUGACCUGCGACAGGACUUCAACCUCAUGGAGCAAAAGAAGCGAGUCACCAUGAUCCUGCAGAGUCCUUCUUUCAGGGAGGAGCUGGAAGGCCUCAUCCAGGAGCAGAUGAAGAAGGGCAACAACUCCUCCAACAUCUGGGCCCUACGACAGAUCGCGGAUUUUAUGGCCAGCACCUCCCACGCAGUCUUCCCAGCUUCUUCCAUGAACUUCUCUAUGAUGACGCCCAUCAAUGACCUCCACACUGCCGACUCCCUGAACCUGGCCAAGGGGGAGAGGCUUAUGCGGUGCAAGAUCAGCAGCGUCUACCGCCUCCUGGACCUCUAUGGCUGGGCACAGCUCAGCGACACAUACGUCACGCUGAGAGUGAGCAAGGAGCAGGACCACUUCCUGAUCAGCCCCAAGGGGGUUUCCUGCAGUGAGGUCACGGCAUCUAGCUUGAUCAAGGUGAACAUUCUGGGAGAGGUGGUGGAAAAGGGCAGCAGUUGCUUCCCAGUGGACACCACAGGAUUCAGUCUGCACUCAGCCAUCUAUGCCGCUAGGCCCGACGUGCGCUGCGCCAUCCACCUGCACACACCAGCCACAGCAGCGGUGUCAGCUAUGAAGUGUGGCCUCCUUCCUGUCUCCCAUAAUGCCCUGCUGGUGGGGGACAUGGCCUACUAUGACUUCAAUGGGGAAAUGGAGCAGGAAGCAGAUCGAAUCAACUUGCAGAAGUGCCUUGGACCCACCUGCAAGACUCUGGUGCUAAGAAACCAUGGCAUGGUCGCUCUGGGUGACACCGUGGAGGAAGCUUUCUAUAAAGCCUUCCACCUACAGGCUGCGUGUGAGGUACAGGUGUCAGCUCUGUCCAGUGCUGGAGGAACUGAGAACCUCAUCCUUCUAGAGCAAGAGAAACACCGGCCACAUGAGGUGGGCUCUGUGCAGUGGGCCGGCAGCACCUUUGGGCCCAUGCAGAAGAGCCGGCUGGGAGAGCACGAAUUUGAAGCCCUCAUGAGAAUGCUGGACAACUUAGGCUACAGAACAGGCUACACAUACCGCCACCCCUUUGUCCAAGAGAAAACCAAACACAAAAGCGAAGUGGAGAUCCCAGCCACAGUCACUGCCUUUGUGUUUGAAGAGGAUGGCGCCCCAGUCCCUGCCCUGCGCCAGCAUGCCCAGAAGCAGCAGAAGGAAAAGACCCGCUGGCUUAACACACCCAACGCCUACCUGCGGGUAAACGUGGCCGACGAGGUACAGAGGAACAUGGGUAGUCCCCGGCCCAAGACCACGUGGAUGAAGGCUGAUGAAGUGGAAAAGUCCAGCAGUGGCAUGCCCAUACGGAUCGAAAACCCAAACCAAUUUGUGCCUCUCUAUACGGACCCCCAAGAAGUGCUGGACAUGAGGAACAAGAUUCGAGAACAAAACCGGCAAGACAUAAAGUCUGCAGGGCCUCAGUCCCAGCUCCUGGCCAGCGUCAUCGCCGAGAAGAGCCGGAGCCCGUCUACAGAGAGCCAGCUGAUGUCCAAGGGCGACGCAGAUACCAAAGAUGAAUUGGAGGAGACGGUGCCCAACCCCUUCAGCCAACUCACCGACCAGGAGCUGGAGGAGUACAAGAAGGAGGUGGAAAGGAAGAAGCUAGAACAGGAACAGGAAGGGGAGAAGGAAGCCGCGGAGGAGCCUGGCUCACCUGUAAAGUCCACACCUGCAUCUCCAGUGCAGAGCCCGACGAAAGCAGGGACCACGAGCCCAGCGGUCUCACCGUCCAAGGCUUCGGAGGAUGCCAAGAAGCCAGAAGUCAGCAAAACUACCACAGAGCCUGAGCCAGAGAAACCAGAAGGUGUGGUGGUGAAUGGGAAGGAGGAGGAGCCGAGCGUGGAAGAGGUCCUCAGCAAAGGACUGGGCCAGAUGACCACCAAUGCUGACACCGAUGGCGACAGCUACAAGGACAAAACCGAGUCAGUUACCAGUGGCCCCCUGUCCCCAGAAGGCUCACCCUCCAAGUCACCCUCCAAAAAGAAAAAGAAAUUCCGAACCCCCUCCUUCCUGAAGAAGAGCAAGAAAAAGGAGAAGGUGGAAUCCUGAUUGGUGGCUCAGCGGGCCCCGCUGCAUCCCUGCCCUCCUUCCUUACCCUUCUCCCAACUCUGCCCCUGGAGCAUUGGGCCAAUGAGGGAUAGAGGAGGACCUGGGAUCACACUCAGAGGGGAGGGUAGGGCCUGCCUUCCCAGAGCAACCAGGUGUCUUGCUCACAGUCAGAGUUAGUUGGUGGCAGAGCCUGCCCUAGAUUUGAGCUUCCUGACACCCAUGGUCAUGCUCUGCCCUCUGAACAACACUGCCUCGUCCUGGGCUGCCUAUGUUAAGACACCACCUGCCCACCUGAGCCCAGGGCAGGAAGGCCAAGCACCAGGCACCAUCACGGAUGCUCACAGGCCAAGGCUUCCUCUGAAUAAGCUCCAUCUCUUCCCAGGAAUCCUGCCUCCUGCUGAUGGAGCUGUCUCCACAGCAAGAAGCCAUGCUUCUCUCUUCCAUUUUGGGUCCCUGCUCCCUGCUCAAGUAACCAGGCAGACUAACCUGUCUCCCCCCACCCUAUCCCCGCCCAACGGAAGUUAAUCUCUGAUCCCCAGGCUGAUGGCUUAGCUUGCCCUUUCCCAAACACUAACCCUGAGCUUUCUCCAUGGAACCUAUUGAGUGAUGGGUAGAAAAAUCCUAAGAGCUAACAGAGGGCAAGCAAAGUCAGCCUGAUGAGUGGGUAGGGGCAUCUAUGAGCCCAGGAGCCUGAUCUAUCUGUGUUGUAUAUCUCAUGGGCUGAAAAUUUAAACCCAACUGUAGCAUAAGAAAAAGCCUCAUGCUUGGGGCAGACAUUCAGGGACACCUCUAUCUGCUGCUGGCAUUGAGUUGUGUGAGGCAGUCAGCAACCUCUUUGGCUUUGAGUGAUACGUAGCACUGUACCUGCCUCACUCUUGCCCGGCAGCCAGGUGUCCCUUGGCCUUCCCAUAUGCCCAAGAGCCCUUGCCCACAGACUAGAGCAUCUUACUCUUGGCACCUUGACCUUGACUCUUUGGGUCCCAACUCUGAGUCACAGAGGGUCCAGCAGAAGACGGCCAGAAGUGAGUCCUUUGGGAUUAAUUCUCUCUUACCAACUUUAAGACAUGGCUAACAUUACCAACUCCAUCACUGUCUUGCAUCCUCAGGCUUGGCAAUAGGCAGAGCUAUUAUUUUAAACACCAACACCAGUUUUUCCAUAUCCUCCCAAAGAGUAGUGUUGGUUAAUGAACACUUCUGGCUCCAAGACAAUCCAUCUUCCUUAAAGCACAGUGUCUUCAAAGAGUGUUUCUCUUUUUUGUCCUGAUUAUUGUAGAGGUAUUUUUGAAAUUGCUUGACUUAUCAUCAUUUUUCACUUUGCACACUUGUGUCUACAAAUGGUGUACAGGCUUUACCCUCUGCCCUCUCAAUACUCCAUUCCUUCCUUUUUAUAGUAAGGAAACCGAACCCCAGCAGGGAUAACCGACUUGCUGAGCAAGAUCUGAAGGCUAGGUUGGAAGCCAGGUCAGUCUGAGCCUGCUUUAGCCCACUGGCCAUCUCUGCAACUGAUCUUGGCCAUGUAGUGUUAGCACUUGAGAUGACGGUAGGGAGGCCACCCUCUCUACCUCGGUGUCACCCUCAGUGGCACAUGUGAGUGUGCUGGUGAAUGUGGGUGGUGGCGAUGUCUACACCUCUGACAGCAGAGAUCUGAGCCCUCUGGUUGAGGCAGAAAAUCCCACCACAGCUGGCUGUCUCUUGAGCAGAGCUGAGAACCUAGUGCAGAUCUGGGGCUACUGCCUAGGCCCCAUUUUGCUCUGCUUUCUGAUUAAGUCAAGUCUAAUUGCAGACAACCUAAUGUCCCUGUGUACAAUUGCUCAGAGUCUCCUAUCACCCUACAGAAGACACCUUAAAAAUAAGAUUUCACAUUUACUCAUCCAUUCUCUUCGUAUUCAUUCAGCAUCCACUGUGUCAGGCAUUGUUAAAAAGAUGAGAAGAGUCGAUCCCACAGAGGCAGCGUUUGUGUGAACUGGUGCUGAGAGAUGAGGUCCUCUGGCUUUGUCCAACAUGUUCGCUUUAUUCCCUUUGUAACAGUGAAGCUUGAGUAGGCUAAAAUGUCAGAGCUUUGCUAGAGUGUUACUUGGGGUCAAGGCCAUGUGCUCAGCUCACACUCAGCCUCUCUUCAUUCCUUGUGUGUUCAGAAACCCCUUCCCUGUGAGCAUGUGAGACAUGUAGUCGAAUUACAGAGCAGGCAGGGUACAGGGGUGACCCAGGGCAGCAAUGAUUGACCAUCCAAUCGUCUUGUACAUGGGCACAUGGAAACCAUCUGGAAAACUGAAGAGAAAAACAAAAGCUAGCAGAGGUAGACAGAUAUGAGAGCAUGGGACUCUAUAUUGUGUCCUUCUGGGCCUUGUGGAAUUGCCAGAGCAUCAUGUGAAAGGUGACAGGAAGUGGUUCACAUCCCAGGUGGGCAGGGCUGGGUCCUAAGAACCCUUGUAGACAGUGUGAGAGAUCUGAGUUUUGGCAUGUCUUGGACACUGAGGACAGUUAAGGUAGAAUCAUAAAUAGAAGCGUGUUGUAGAGUUCCUUUGGUGGCCGUGAGAGUGUGCUGGUAAGGUUAUUGGCUGGUCCCGUGUGCUGUGCUCUACCCCACUGCAUGAUAAGAACAUCUGAAGAGGUUUUUACCAAGAUAAUGCUGGGUUCACAGCCUCAGGGCCCCAUUUUGCUUUGGAAUGAGAUCACAGUAGACAUGUAGAGACAUUUUGUCCAUUUCUUUCUUGUGAAUAAAGGAUGUGAUGUGCACAGCUCUGAGGACGGUAGAAAUGGCUGUGCAGACUAGACAGGACAUUUCUUUGGCUCUUGUAAAAGUUGAUCCAAGGUUCAACUGGCAAGGAGGGAUUUUUGUUAGUUUGGAGUUUACCGGUCACUGGCUUGUUUCUCGCCGAGCCACUGCAAUUGCUACUCUCUAGGGGAGGAAGGCUGGACUGGUGCUACUGCCAACCAGCUGAUCAGAAAGGAGAAGCAGCUUCUCAGCCUGUUUGCACACAGAGAGAGGUAAUCCUGAUUCCCCUGAUGUCACCCGCUAGGAGUGGUUGUCAUCUGUGAGGACCACCCUUUCUGUAUGACCAUACCCCAAACUGGAAAAUAACCUUGCCUAGAGACCCUCUGUACCCCGGUCUGAAUCUGGGCCCUUAUUCAGCUGACCCAAGGUCUGGUCCCUCUUAAGCCAUGAAAGAGCCAGCUGAUACUUGGUAGUAAGUAUGAAGUCCUUGUUCUGUGGACAGAGGAUAUGAGGGACUUGGAUGAGGACCACAAAUCUCUCACAAUUCCCAUUGUAAGGCACUGCUCAGAGCCACCCAAUCAUCAAGGCAGGGCCUGAACCUUAGCUCCUGUGGGAUGGCAAUGUGGCAAGAUGGCAGCCCCUGGCCUUGUAAUAACAGGGCCUCUGCUCUUGUCAUGAGCAGAAGUGCUGUCAUUCGCUCCUGGGAGUGUGAACAGACCUAGGUUUGGCCUUAGGAAGGUUUGCUGAGGGACAAGACAUGACCCUGUGUUGGCCUGUAUACCAGGCCUUUUCAAAGAGUGAAUUUUAUGUCUUAGUUCUAGGCCAGAUGUCAUGAGCUCUUGACAGCUGAGCAGGACUGUUGAAACACCGGUCCCUUUGCUCAGUUUACACAUGUGGCUCCACAAAUACCCCUGGGCUCUUGGCAUAGUUGCCAGCCUCUGUGGCCAGAGAGGCCCAUGAGGCUUCUUACAUUGUUCUUGUCACUAAGCCCAGCUGAACUCUCUGAGACCCCGUAUAAUUCAGAAAGCCCGAGAACUGAGUGAAAUGCCACACGCCUGCUCUCCACUCCCAUGGAAAGGACGGCACCUCACAACUUAAAAUGCAAUAGGAACUCAUGCCUGAAGCAGGUGAUUUGAUAUGAGAAGGAAGGGCUGAGAGCGGACUGAAAUUCUUGAAACACGUCAUUUUUUUUUGUGUACAUAUCUCUUUCUUCAGUGAAGAGGCAUCUACACUGAUUACUUCCCAGAGCUCUAUCUAACCAGGAUGCAUCACUCUUCUGUGAGAAGAGGCCAAUAGAAAGCUCUCUUCCCAAGGUGCCCGACUGGCCCUCACUGAAGAAGCCAGUAUGUCCAGCAGUCUGUGGGAAUCUCGCACAGUGGGGUUUCCUUCAGUGGACAAAGCAGUUUUACCAUCUUUGUGCUGACAUGGCCCUGGCGUGGCAAUCUUCUUCCCAUAGGAACAGUGAGCAAGACUCAGUUUUUGGGUGUCCCUAGAAAGUAUGGAAGUCACAUUCUACCACAGUCACAUGUGAGUGACACUACACUUUUGCCAAAUUGACUCUUGUGCUACUUGUCUUCAAGUUUCUCCCACAAACUGGGCCAUUAGUUUAAGAACUUGGGGCCAGAGGUAGAGGAGGCCACCGAUGCUGGGAGGGCUCGGCUGCAGGCUAGCCCGAGAAGGUAGAGUGUUCCACGGGACUCGGGUCCUCAGCUGCCCCUCUCCCUCUCUGUCCCAAGCACCUGGGCCAGACUGGACCCUGCGUGGUCUUCCCUUAGCUCUUAGGUAGAGAUGAUGUCACCAGAGCUCAAGGGAUGGUGAGAAGAGUCUGAACUCUCCUCCCCUCCAGCAAACCAGCCUGUACAUCUUACAAAGGCCCCUCUAGUGAUGAAUCAGGGUGGCAGUUGGACCUAAACCAUGGGUCACACUUGGGAAGCACUGCCACCCUUAUAUGAUGACAGUGCUUUGGGGAAGCUCCAGGCCCUCAUUUUAAUAGCAUCUUGUGCCUGGGAGUCUUACUAUGUCGGUGACUCAUGCCACAAGAUUGCCCUGUCUGUAAAUCUCUCACUGCUGAAAUGCUGAGUCCCGGGGUCCCUCCUCUCUGAGAAGAGGUUAGGCGGAAUGGAUGAAGCAGGUACCUAACAGAACCCAUGGCGAGCAGGGUCACGGGAACCCAGGCUGGCCAGGGAGUGCAGUGUCUUGUAAUGCUGUGGGUGGUUUUGGUGAAAUGUCUGUCUGACAAUUGUCACAUGAAUAUGACCUACUGUCUUCCCUUGUACAUAGGCUGUCUGUGUUUGGCUUUCCUAGUACGGUGGUUUCUAAGAGGGGUUCCAUGUAAUGUCUGUGCUCUGAUGUGCCACUCUCCCCAAGCUCACACACCAUCCCCACGAAUGGUUCUGCCUUUCUAUAUGCUGACACAUUGAGCCACUGAUAUACAGUUGGAUGGUUAGGCUCUUGGGUUUUAUUUUGCAAUUUUUUAUAUAUAUAUACAUAUAUAAUAUAUAUAUAUUUAUGGGUUGGUUUUAUAUGGUUUUCUGUUUGAAACUAUGAGCAACAAAGCUUCCCUUUGAUUUUCAUGAGAACUUUCCAAAGGCCUUUUGCUGCUUUGGUGUCUGACUGUGUUUGGGGUGGACUCUGCCUGUGGGUUUCUGUGUGUGUGCUGUUAUUUCACCUGCAGAUCUUACCCUAGUAAACCAGAUGUGCUUGGCUUCCCAAUGUGUGUGACCCAUCUCUGUCGCCUACUUGGGGGGUCCUGGGAAGAUGGAAGUUAGUGGGGGGCCCAUGUCUGGGAAUGCAGGUCACACAGGGAACUUUUUCACACAUGGAAAGCUGAACACAGGUCUGGCUGAGUUCUGAUGUGGGAGGGGAGGUCGUGGAACUGUGGCCUCUGAGGAGGGAGGAGAGACUAGGUGGGUCUGACAAGCUGCAAAGGCUGUGUUGCAGCAGAUGAGAUGGGGAGCAGCAGGUGCAGCUGUCCUGCCUUUGCAGCUGUGAAGGCCAGAAUGGAGGAGGCCGUUAGACCAGGAGCAGAGAGCUAGGGAGAGACGAGGCCCCUCCAAAA